AUUUGGUUUGAGUUGUAUCGCGUGAUAUUAGUUAAGUGGAGUUAUAUGAAGUUAUAUGAAGUUAUAUGAAGUUAAUGAGCUCGAGCGAUGGAUAGAUAUGUUCUUAUUGUGGUAAUUAAUCAGGAAGCGAAGAAAGAAAGCUCAUUCAGCGGGAUUGAAGCUGCCAGAAAGGUGUAUAACAAGCUAAAAGAUAUUUGCAGGGCUAACUGUACUUCACGGCUUUCUCCAUUUCCAGCUUGCUCUCUGAGUGGAACUCCUGCCUUCCCGAAAUGGUUCUUCGCUAUUCAAGCAACUUGUGGCUCAACACAGUUCUGUAGCUCAGAGUGGGACGAGGUGUGUGUGCAGCACAGUGAUGAUGACGAGUCUGUGCUUUCUCCUGUGGACAGCUGUGCCAGCGCCCUGCAAGAGCAAGAGGAGCUGAGCCAGCUGUGCGAGAUCACCUCGCACCUGGAGCUCUUUGAGGACGCGGCGGAAUCUCUUCAUCAGUUAGCAGACAAACUUCCUCCUCCAGGAAGGUUCCUGUUGGAUGUAAUCUUGCUGUGUGAGGGCGAGGUAGGAACGAAGGACUUGCUGCCAGUGAUCGGCUCCCUGAAGCACAUGCAGGCUUGGCAGUCUGCACAGAUGACCAUCAUCACAGAGCAUAGUGCAGGAUGGCGAACAGCAGCCUCGUACCUGUCGGGCCGAGUGUGUUCUCCAUCUGAUGUAGAGACGUGUAUCGCUGCCUAUGAGCUUUGGAGAGGGGGACUGCUGAUCCGAGAGAAGAAGUUUGUCUCUGAGCUGCUGUUUGAGGGUUUCAGUUUGAAAUGGCAGAUCCGAGGUGGCUGGAGCCACACUUUCUUCCCACACUCAGACCCCUGCUGCUUUACAGAGCACAUGAUUCAGCCUGAGGUGUUUCACUAUUACCAGCCAGUGCUGGAGCUGAUUCAGUUGGUUCGAAUCGCAGAUCUCCCAGUGAUUCUUCUUUCCACCACCGAGUUUGAGCUUGCGUUGUCCAGCAAAUCCGCCAAAGCCAAGCUUCUUUUAGAGCAGCUCAGAGCUCUACGUGGACAGGUUGGGGCUCUGUUCUCACUUUCCUGUGUGGUGAGCGUCGAAGCUUUUCCUCCAGCCUCCCAGCUCAGUGCCUCCAAAUGGAGGGAUUUUGUGGCCAAGUGCCCGAAAGCCUUCUCUGCUCCAGAUGUCAAGGUGAAAGGAGAGAAAGGCCACUAUCUUCUCUUGGUUCAGGGGGCAGAGACUGGCGGUUGCAAAGCACGACUGAUACACUCUGCCAAUCAGAUUAAUGGUGCCGUUGCUCUGGCAACGAUCAACAGCCUUGUUCAGGAAAACGUUUCAUUAUCCUCAGGCACCAAGGUUGCUGAUUGGCUGCACUCUCUGCCCCCUCUCUGUGGAGACGACCUCUUGCGGAGAGAGAGGAGGCUGGCCAGGGUCCAGCACCAGGUCGUCCAGGAAUGCGCCCGAAGAAGAGAGGAGGCACAGAAGCCUGCAGCUGUGCCGCUAAAUGACCUGAGAGUACUGCUGCGUCUGGCCAGAGAGCAGUACCUAAAGAUGCAAAAUGCCAAGCAGCCCAGAGUAUCAUGUGUACCAGUGGAGGAGGAGAACCACACUUCUGUUACAGGAGCAGACGUUAAGCACACGCCCCGCUCAGAAUGGCCAGAGAGAAGUGUUCUGCGCAACUAUGAAAACACGCAGAAGAUCCGGCACAACAGGUCUAGCCUCUUCAGCAGUGGCUCUUCAGACUGUCUCAUGGGCCCUAAAGAUGGCCAGAAGAGUGUUUCUGCACCACUUGAUGCACGAGAACUGCUUAAGCACUUCACUGCUGACGGGCUACCAAGUGGAGAACUACAACCGCUCCCUGUCCUCAGAGGGGACAAUGCGUUCCAGCUGUCGCCUGAUCUCACUCCCAGAAAAGUGACCAGGCUCCAGUUCAGGCAAGCAGCCAGCGCCCACUACCAUGGCAUAGAGUUUUGCUUGGACGAGCGGAAGGCUCUGGAGAGAGACUGCGGAUUUGCACGCCUGCAGUCGCGGCUAAUCCGCUUCGAGACCCAGACUACGUGCUGUAAGGAGCCGUGUCCGGUGCCGCUGGCUCUGAGCCCUAUGCCCGCGCCUACUCCCUCGCCCUCUGAACCAGGCAGCGUACCAGAUGGAGAAGCUGCACAGAACGAACCACCUCGUCUCAAACGCCACGCCCAUGAACCAGAUCCACGCGCACACCAGCACAAGAGGUUGGCCAAGUCAGAGAGCAGUGAGUCUCUGGGCUCUCAGUGCAGUGGAGGUAGUGGUACACACCCAGCCGUAAGAGCUCUGCAGCAGCGGUCAGGCCGUUCUCUUUCCUGCUCCAGCUCGACCAGACGCUCCACUGCUGGAGCUGAAAGUUCCAACGAGCCUCCAGCCAGCCAGAAAUGUAGCCAGGGCCAAACUGAGUCACGCUCGCAGAAACACAAUCGGAUGCUGAAGGAGGUGGUUGCACAGACACUAAAGCACUGUGGCAUCACCAGCGAGCACAAGCAUUUCAAGGCCUGCAGUCAAAGACUUUUUGAUGUAUCAAAGCUCUAUUUGAAGGACCUGAAAACGUCAAGGGGUCUCCAUGAGGAAAUGAGGAAAGCAGCUGGUCAAAAUGCUAAGCAGGUAAAGCAUCCAUCCGCCUCACACUUGCUUACAUUUCUAUUUAGCUACGCAAGGGGUUUUUCAAAGCUCACCAGACUUUCUGGAAAUGACAAAACAUUUUUCCCCCCUGCCUGGGCUAAAUGCAGUUGAAAUGUAGUUAACAUUGUGAUCAUCAUUUCAUUCAGUUCUCUCUGACCUCUGCAGGUGAUCGACUGGGUUGUGGAGAAAGCCAAAAAAUGAUGUGUACAUCAAAGGUGUGUACAGUACACACCACGUGUUUACCUGUUUUGCAUUAUGUAGUGUCUGUAUGAUGUGACGGUGUGUAUUAAAGUGUGUUUUAUUUUACAGCCAUGCUUCCUUGUCAUAUAAUCAGGAAUGUACUCGUUUAUUUUGGUACGAUAAAAAUGUUUAAUAGGGCUGUCAAACUUUUUUUUUUUUUUUUUUGCAUACUCCUAUUAGAUACUGGACAAAUUAGAUGGAUAUGUUCAAAUUAUUUCAGCCCCUCAUGAUUGCACUACAUUUAUUUCACGAACAUAAUAUCAUCUGCACAUACACUGAUCAGCCAUAACAUUAAAACCACCUGUCUAAUAUUGUGUAGGUCCCCCUUGUGUCACCAAAACAACUCUGACCCGUGGAGACAUGGACUCCACAGGACCUCUGAAGGGGUGCUGUGGUAUCUGGUACCAAGACAUUAGCAGCAGAUCCUUUAAAUCUUGUAAGUUGCGAGGUGGAGCCUCGAAGGAUCGGACUUGUUUAUCCAGUACAUCCCACAGAUGCUUGAUCAGAUUGAGAUCCGGGGAAUUUGGAGGCCAAGUCAACAUCUUGAAUUCUGUCUCGUGUUCCUCAAAUAAUUUCUGUACAAUUUUUGCAGUGUGGCAGGGCGCAUUAUCCUGCUGAAAGAGGCCACUGCUGUUAAGGUAUACCGUUGGCAUGAAGGGGUUUACUUAGUCUGCAACAAUGUUUAGGUAGGUGGUACAUGUCAGUGGUGCUCAGAUCCUUACCCUUGCCAUUUUUCCUGGUUUCAACACAUCAACUUCAAAAACUGACUGUUCCCUUGCUGCCUAAUAUACAGUAUCCCACCCUUUGACAGGUGCCACUGUAAUGAGAGAAUCAAUGUUAUUCACUUCACCUGUCAGUGGAUUUAAUCUUAUGGCUCAUCGGAUCGGUGUGCAUCAUCAUAUUUAUUAACUGGAGCCAUUAGAGCUCUAUUUACCUUAACUUAUUAAUGAACUUAUUUGUGAACAUUUUACCCACAGAAUCAAUUACACUCUUACAUUUCAGCAUGUUUAAAUGUUUGAAAAGGCAGCUGCAAUAUAGUACCUCUCGUGUUUUGAUUAUGGUCAGAGAAUGUGCAUGUUUCCAAUUGCAGUAUAAUACACUCAAACCCUGAGAAAAUUAUAGUUACUUAUCAAUUUCCACUGAUCUCUAUUUUUAAAAUAAAUUAAUUAAAGUUGCCAUCCUACAUUAUUUUAUUAUGAGCAGCUGACCAAGAAAGGAUUAGGUUGGACUGGAUGAGCAGUUGAGAAAAGUAUUAAUGGCAGUCCAAUAUUUAUAUUUUGGAAAUGUCUAAGUUUUUCAGCAACCACAAAAUGACUAAAGAAACGAAAACACUAUAAAUCAGUCACCCAGGGCUGGGUAGUUCUUUGAUCAAUGUCCAAAUAUUAUAAGCAGACAUUUUUAUAGGAAUGGUUUCCUUUGAAUUGUAGAAAAAUCUAAUGGAAAAAGAAAUUUGGCCUCCUUACCCCCAACCUCAUUUCUAGUAGCUAAGCAUUCAUUCAAAGCACCAGCCAACCUUGAAAUUGGCAACACACGAGCAGUGUAAUGAAAAGUAAAAACACUUCAGUUGCACUUCCACUUGAUCUCCCUGUUGGCUUAGCUUGGAUGACCUCAUCUCUGGUUUGGUGUUCAUCCCUCAGUUCAAAUAUAUAUAUAUAUUCUGUAUCUAUGCUUGAAUGAACCACAGAAGCAUGAUGGUUCCACUUCCCUUUGAAAGGAUGUUUAUGUCUAAUAUAAUUUUAAGAAAUUUUAGUUACAUCCUGGGUGCCUGGAGGACUUUGGGGCGUUUACUAGUUUACUCUAAACAGCAUAUAUCCAACAGAUUGUGUUCACAAGGUAUACCUUUAAAAAAUAUAUAUUGUGUAUAUAAUCCGGACGAGUUUACCCUUUUGUUCUGAUAUACUGCAGGCCUGACUCCUCGAACUCUGAGCCUUUUGGCCUUUUAGAUCUUUCCAAAGGUAAUGUGCAUCUCUCUUGAAGCAGUGCCCUUUCAUCAGCUACCCCCUGGCACCUCUUGUCCACUGUGGGCUGAAAGGGCUCUCACUUUUGGCAGUACUACGGCCUGCAUUCCAGCCUCACAGAGGCCUAUUGUUCUCUCCCCGGGUGCCCAGACGGCUGGUGGUAAACGAGGAGUUGUACAACAUGUUGGCAACCUCAACAGCUCUCAAAAACCGAUUGCAAGAUGAGCUGACUGGCUGUGGGAGCAGAAACUGUUGCUCUAGUUCAAGUGUUGCUUUCUUUUAGAAUUAUUUUGAAAAACAGGCAUUUUGUAAUUUAUGCAGCAAUAGCCAGGGUGGUGUUCUAUCUGCAACUUGUUUAUGGUGUUUAACUCAGAUUACAGAAUGAUGUGCCAGAAUGAGAUUUUGCAGAAAUAACUAACUUUUAUUGAUUCUGAAGUAUUACUCCUUUGAAACCCUGUUUUCUUUGGACCUGUGCAGUUCUCAGAACCUGAUACAUUUUGUUUGCAAAUGUAGGCAGGCACUGAUUAUUUUUACACUAGUGCAAUGGGAAAUUAAGUAAGUUGAUACUUCCCUAAGCAAUGCAAAAUAACUACUUGUACCACUUCCCUUAAGCCUCUUCUACCAUCACAAGCAAGAGCCUGUUUUGUCUUUUGGUAGUGAUAGUAUAACAGU